UGUUCCUCUGUUUUUAUUUUUGACACAGUUCACCACAUUUCAUCCACUUGGAAACGUAUAAUCCCUUGACGUCCUGGGCGUACCUACCUUUUUUUUUCAUGUCAGAGGAGUAAGGUGAGGGACGGGGUCACCGCUUCAUAAAUACUCGGAGAAUCUGGAUAGACCUUGGAGGAGUAAACGGGCCUACUGCCAGACAAAGUUCUCACACAGGACAGGAGUACCGAUUUUUCCUGCAAACUUUGUACCAAAACAGACUCCUGUCUUAUUACCGUUAUACUUGUGGCUCCACUAUUUUUAUGGAAGGUUUAUGAAUCCGUAUUUGUAGACUUUUAGAAGACAUUUUUUUUCUUUUUUUUAUUAUUAUUUAAAUUUUUUAAUUUUUACCCUCAGAGAUUGCAAUGUAGUUCAUCCUCUCAUCUCUAAGAGAGCAAUUUGCCAGGAUGACAGCGCUUUGUACUCUGAGCCGCGCACUUUUCGCACUUGCUUGGAGCAGUCUGAGUUUUCUUUCCUGCGCUCAAUGCGCUCUCACUGACAACCAUGUGCACUCCAGCUUUAUUUACAGGAGGUUGCGCAAUCACGAGCGCAGGGAGAUCCAGAGAGAGAUCCUCUCUAUCCUGGGUUUGCCUCACCGUCCGAGGCCGUUCUCUCCCGGGAAACAGGCGUCCUCCGCACCGCUCUUCAUGCUCGACCUGUACAACGCCAUGGCUGUUGAGGAGGAGGAAGGGGUGGCGGUGUUAAACCGGAGCGUAGGGAAGAGCUUCAGUGCCAAAGCUCAAGGGCACUCCAAGAAAAGUUACUACAGCCCGCAGCACGCCGGCUACUCCCGUGUGCCGCAGCCCUACAGAGCGGCCCCACUGCUGGGGCACAGUCCUUCACUAACCACGGCGCACGACACCAAUUUCCUCAAUGAUGCUGAUAUGGUUAUGAGCUUUGUCAAUUUAGUGGAGAAAGAUAAAGAUUUUUCUCACCAAAGAAGACACUACAAGGAGUUCCGUUUUGACCUGACUCAGAUCCCAGAUGGAGAGGCAGUGACCGCAGCAGAAUUUAGGAUCUAUAAGGACCGCAGUCACACUCGCUACAACAAUAUCACCCUGAAGGUUUCCAUAUAUCAAGUUAUCAAAGAAUAUCAUAACAAAGAUGCGGAGACAUUUUUGCUCGACGCCAAAAAGGUGCAGGCAUCUAACGGGGGCUGGCUUGUGUUUGAUAUAACAGCCACCAGUAACCAUUGGGUGAUAAACCCACAGCAAAAUUUUGGUCUUCAGCUCUGUGUGGAAAUGAUGGAUGGAAGGAGCAUCAACAUAAAAUCUGCUGGAAUCAUCGGGAGGAACGGGCCUCAGUCCAAACAGCCAUUUGUCGUUGCUUUCUUUAAGGCCAGUGGAGUCCUGCUCCGCUCUGUGAGAGCUGCUGGUGGAAAGAAAAAGAACCACAAUCGCAAUAAAUCAACUAAUCAACAAGAAUCGUCAAGGAUGCCAAAACCUGGAGACUAUAACGCAAGUGAACAAAAGCAGGCCUGCAAAAAGCAUGAGCUCUAUGUCAGCUUCCGAGAUUUGGGGUGGCAGGAUUGGAUCAUUGCACCGGAGGGCUAUGCUGCUUUUUAUUGUGACGGCGAAUGCUCUUUUCCACUUAAUGCUCAAAUGAAUGCAACAAAUCAUGCUAUUGUGCAAACCCUGGUUCAUUUAAUGUUUCCUGAUAACGUGCCAAAGCCCUGCUGUGCCCCAACCAAGCUCAACGCAAUAUCAGUGCUGUACUUUGAUGACAGCUCUAAUGUUAUUCUGAAAAAAUACAGAAAUAUGGUUGUCAGAUCAUGUGGGUGCCAUUAGUUUUGACGCAGUUUAAUUUUUGGAGCCUGAAAUGGAGAUUGCUGGGAAGCACAUUGGCUGCGGGUGUGAUUUGAUGUACAGUAUUAUGUAUAUAAGGUUUUCUUGGUUAAUUUAUUUCCCUUUAAAAGAAUAGCACUGAAUACUGUAAUAUUUAAAUGAUUAGUACAAAAUGAUGAUUUGAAUUUAUGUGCAUAAUCUUUUCCCUUCUGUGUCCUCUGGCAUAUAUAUAUAUUUUUUCUGUACAUCUUCUAUGAUUAAACACUUCACUGGAGUCAUUGUGACAUCUUUGCCUUUUUCUUCUAAGUUGUGAAAUUGUGCUGUAAAAUAUUUAAUCCAAAAUUUCACUUUUGUGGUAAAUUCUGUGAGAAAUGGUUGUUGUUGUUUUGAAUCAUUAAUACAUUCCUGAACGUACAGAAUGGUGUUGCUGAUAUAAAUUUCCUUAGCAAGGGUUUAAGCUCUGUGUGAGACCUUGUCAGUGUUUUUAAAAAUGUGUCAUUUCAAGUCUGACUUAUUUCACCAAGAGUGCCACAUAAAUAUAUAUUUUUUUUUUAAUCAAAUAUGUAUACAGUUAAAAUUUUAAAUAUGAGAGCUUUACCAUUUAUGUUAUUUCAAACAGUUUCUGCUCAUGUAAUCCUCCACAUCUAAACACUGUCAUUUUUCUGUGAACUUCCUCAUUGCAACAACCAUCUUAGUGCCACACUAACUUUUUUUUGUGUUUAGAAAGCAUCAGGUAAUGAUAGAAUGUUUUGUAUGUUUAAUAAAUAUUCCAUUAGAAACA